AAGCAGAACCUGAGGUCGACAACCUCCUGGUUUCAGAUGCCACUCCAGAUGGCUUCCGUCUGUCCUGGACUGCAGAUGAUGGGGUUUUCGACAGUUUUGUUCUAAAAAUCAGGGACACCAAGAGGAAAUCCGAUCCGCUGGAACUAAUAGUCCCAGGCCAUGAGCGCACCCAGGAUAUAGCAGGGCUGAAAGAGGGCACUGAGUAUGAAAUUGAGCUCUAUGGAGUUAGCAGUGGACGGCGUUCCCAACCCAUAAAUGCAGUAGCAACCACAGCUGUUGGAUCUCCCAAGGGAAUUUCCUUCUCUGACAUCACGGAGAACUCUGCCUCAGUCAGCUGGACACCCCCUCGAGCCCGUGUGGAGAGCUACCGCAUCUCCUACGUCCCUGUCACAGGAGGCACUCCAAAUGUUGUUACUGUCGAUGGAAGCAAGACAAGGACCAAGCUGGUGAAAUUAGUCCCAGGCGUAGACUACAACGUUAGUAUCAUCUCUGUGAAAGGCUUUGAAGAAAGUGAACCAAUCUCUGGCACCCUGAAAACAGCUCUGGACAGCCCGUCAGGCUUAGUGGUGGUGAACAUCACGGACUCUGAGGCUCUGGCAACCUGGCAGCCAGCAAUUGCUGCUGUGGAUAAUUACGUUGUCUCCUAUGCUUCUGAGGAUGAACCAGAGGUUACUCAGAUGGUAUCAGGAAACACUGUGGAGUAUGACCUGAAGGGCCUUCGACCUGCAACUGAAUAUACCCUGAGAGUCCACGCCCUGAAGGACACACAGCAGAGCGAGAGCCUCUCCACCCAGUUCACUACAGGACUGGAUGCUCCAAGAGAUUUAAGUGCCACUGAAGUUCAGUCAGAAACAGCUGUGAUAACUUGGAGGCCUCCCCGUGCUCCUGUCACUGGUUAUCUCCUCAUCUACGAGUCCAUUGAUGGCAAAGUCAAGGAACUCAUCCUAAACCCUGAGACAACUUCCUACAGCCUGACAGAGCUGAGCCCAUCUACCCCGUACACGGUGAAACUCCAGGCACUGAACAGAUCCCUGAAGAGCAAAACAAUCCAGACGAUUUUCACCACAACUGGUCUUCUCUAUCCUUAUCCUAAAGACUGCUCCCAGGCUCUCCUGAAUGGAGAAACCACCUCUGGGCUCUACACAGUUUACGUGAAUGGGGACAAGGCUCAGCCUCUGCAAGUCUUCUGUGACAUGAGUGAAGAUGGAGGUGGAUGGAUUGUGUUCCUCAGGCGUCAAAACGGAAAGGAAGAUUUCUACAGGAACUGGAAGACUUACGUGGCUGGCUUUGGAGAUCCUAAGGAUGAAUUCUGGAUAGGUCUGGAGAACCUCCACAAAAUCACUUCUCAGGGCCAGUACGAGCUGCGUGUGGAUCUGCAGGACAAAGGUGAGACAGCUUAUGCUGUCUACGACAGGUUCAGCGUGGGAGAUGCGAAGAGCAGGUACCGGCUGAGAGUGGACGGGUACAGUGGCACAGCAGGUGACUCCAUGACGUACCACAACGGAAGGUCCUUCUCCACCUUUGACAAGGACAACGAUUCUGCCAUCACCAACUGUGCUUUGUCAUACAAGGGUGCAUUCUGGUACAAGAACUGUCACCGAGUCAAUCUGAUGGGCAGAUACGGUGACAACAGCCACAGUCAGGGCGUUAACUGGUUCCACUGGAAGGGCCACGAAUAUUCCAUUCAGUUUGCAGAGAUGAAGCUGAGACCCUCCAGCUUCCGAAAUCUGGAAGGGAGACGAAAGAGAGCAUAAAGGCCUGGAGGUGGUGGAGGGGCUACGGGGGGAGGGAUCUAGAGAGGGGUGUGGGGAGAUCCUCUGGCAUCACUGGGAUGGUGGGGUGUGAGGAGCUGGUAUUCCGACCAAAGCAUCCGUGACCCUUGGCCCAACAGAGGCUUCUGCAGCAGUCCCAACAACAAGCCUUAAGUGUCCCAGCAUUUCCAGCAGAGCAGCUCCAGCUGCCCACCAGCAACGUCCUCCACACCAAAGACAACGAUCUCAAGGGUUGUAUGUUGGUUUAUUAAUUUUUAUCUUCUCCAAAAGCCCCUGGGAUAAAGUUCUUCCACAGUCUGACUGUCUCUUGGGUGGCCCAGGGUAGGGGAGGGAGAACAGCUUUGUACAUUGGUAGUUUGUUUUAGAACCGGCCAUAUUUUACACACGGGAGUGUGUGUGAUUAAUUAUCAUUAUUAUUAUUAUUAG